AUGAAUAAGCAAACAGAAAUUAUUGAUUCAGAGGAAAUUACAUUGGAUACACACUCAGAUUGUCAUUCUUACAGAAUACGCACAACACUUGGUGUCCGAGGUCAAACAAAGAAGAAAUCACUAGAAAUCAUCAAAGAAAUCUGUCGAUUGCAAGUUGAAUGCGUGAAGACGAACGAAGCUAUAAGCCUACUCAAAGAACAUUCAAAUUUUGUACAAAGUUCCUGCUUAUCACCAAGAUCACUUCGUAUAGAGUUACCUUUAAACUUUGCAGUCCAAAAUCAAACAUCUAAUAUAUCUGGCUCAAGUACAUCUUCUUCUGGUACAAGAGACGUCAGUUCAUACUGUAAAUUUAAUGAAAAUUCAAUGUCUGAGUGUUCUCAUAAAAAUAUCCCGCUGAAUAGAGUUCAGUUGACCAGACAAUUAGAAUUCCUAAGGGAUAGACAACAUCAGCUGAUGUCAAAAAUAGAAAGUUUAAAGAAAUCAAGAUCUGUACUAAUUCAGCAUAUGCAACAGUUGCUUCAGUUGACCAACUUACGACAGAAUCAACUAGAAACUGAAUCUUCUAAAGAAACAAAAAAGGACCACGUUUGUUAUGAGUGCAAUCAAGAAAUUAUUAACAGCCAAGUGAACAACAAACCGGAACUGUAUAAUUCUAAAUUCGUGUCUGAUAAGACAAAGAUCACUGCUGAUGUUAUACCAAUGAAUCCGAGAAUGGCUAGAUCAUGCAUUGACCGUGAGUGUCAAACAGCAGUUGAUGCAGAAUCACCUGAGAGAUGUAUUGUGAACAAGAUUGGUAAUGGAAUCCCGCUGGCUAGAGAUGUAUCCUCAGCUCUAUCGGUUCCUUUUUCUUCGAAUAGUGAUGCUUGUAAGUCUUCAAUCAGCUCUGCAGCGAAUAACCAAGCAAAUAUGUCUGCCUUAGCUAUGGUGGCAGCCAUGACAGCUGCUACGGUAUUUAGGAAAGCACUGCAGCAAUCUUCUGUCCAGGUAACUACGACACAUUCAGAAACUCCAUACAAGUCGGACUUUGACAACUUCAGUCAUUCUGGAAACAACUCUUCAACACUGCCUUUGGAAAAUGCUCAUUGGAAAGAUUUUGAGAUGUUACAUUCCUUCAAGUGUAACACGGAACAGCAGCAAUAUAAGACAAAUCCACAACUAGAGGAGUACAACUAUUUCCACGGCCAUGCUCCAUUACAAGAAACCACUGAUGUAAUGUAUCGGUCUAAUGUAUCACCACCGCCACCGCCUGCACCAAAUUCUAAUUUUGAUAAUUCCGGCGAAAUAAAUUUACCUAUGUCCAAUUGCUAUUCAGAUAUUCCACAUAGACUGACAAGCAGUUUGUUAUUACCUGAUAAUUUAGUUGAAAAACAUUUCCCAGGUCCAUUAGAAUCUGCUUUUCCUCAAGAGUUUGGACGAGAAUUUGAAUCACCUCAAUGUAUUUCAUCAAAUACUGACUCCCAGUAUCAGGAACCGUCAUACCUAGACCGUAAAAUAGCAGACCUUAGUGUGUCACGUGAAAGAUUUUCAGAUAGGAUUCUACGUGCUCGAAAAGCGAUUGAUUUAUGGGAAUGUCAACAAAGUCAUAAGUUGAAUGAAGCUUCAGGCCAGAUACCAAUCCCUGGGAGUGAACAAAAUAAACAUGUGAAGUCUGAAAAUGGUUCUUUUAUCGAUAAAAUGAUAUAUCCCCGGCAGAAAUCUUCAAUAACGGAUUCAAACUUCUGUGCAAAAUGUAACAACUUCAAAACACAACCGCCAACAGCAGUCUUAACUUGUCCAAUCGAUCAGAGAGAAUGUUGCACUCAGAAGGCGGUUACACCCCUUACCAAUUACUUAUUCCCGCAUAACCGUAAUUCUACAGGUAGUAUAUCAAAAAUACAUCCAAGUGCAUCAAAGACUAUGCCAGUUCAAAUUGUAAAGCCAGCCGUUAGGAAUCAAAAUAUAAAUAUUCCAGAUCAAGUUAAGAACAACGAGGAAUCGACCUUAAAUCCUGAAAACAAGUCAUGAACCAUCAAACCCAUCUAAUCAAGCAGCCAACAGAACAACAAAAGCCUAAAUGUGACAUUUACGGGGACAAAAUUCCGAACUAUGAUAGACGACAGAUUAAAGGCGUAUUGGUCAGUGAGGGUACAAAAAAUGAAAGGACUAGUAGAACAGGCAGAAAUUCAAGCUCUCAAAGAAGCGUGGCUUGGAUUGACGAGGUAAUGUCCCAUCCACUGUCUAACAGCUACAAGCCUGAGGAAUCAGAUUCAAGAAAGAAACAUGAUUACCUCGAUUCCAAGCCUCACUUAAAUAAACCUGAUGCUUCCAUUGUCAGAGCCAGUGACAGUACAGUUGGCUGUUCAACCAAAGUCAACAAGAAAGCGUUUUCAUCGGCAAGCAAAAAGACUGAUAUAUCACGUCCUGCUACACCGCCAUCAUCAUCCCUGACAGCUAACUCUACACGUCGAAUACUUCCAACAUUAUCCAACAAGUUGAAUAACAGAUGAAGGUACAAACAGAAUCCACAAACUUUAUUUUUGAUAUUUCAUAAGUUGUAAUCGCACUUAGCUGCGUAACAUUUUUAAAAGCGCCUGAUUUUCCUUUGAUAAAGAAAUAAACACUUUGUAUACUGUUAUUCAACAUUACUGUAUAAAUACAUUCAACUUCAUCA